AUGUCGCUAAACCCUCCUCUUCGCGAAACUCUACUCGCAGAGUUGGGCGAUGAUACGAACUUGACAGCUCGUUCGUCCUCUGGCAUCAUGAGUCCAGCCGAACUAACCUUGCAACGCAUUCAAAUGCAGUCCUCAACUGGCGCGCAAAGCAAAGAUGCUGCUAAACGUUUGGCAGUGGCUAGACGCGGUGCAUCCACCAUAGCUCUGGCUCCUAAGGGAAAGCCGAGGCUUCUAUUGAUGGGUCAGAGAAGGAGUGGGAAAUCCUCUAUUUCGAGCGUUGUAUUCCAUAAACUACCUCCCAAUGAGACCCUUUUUCUGGAGUCGACAGCACGGAUACAGAAGGACUCUAUGGCAUCCUUCAUGGACUUCCAAGUCUGGGACUUUCCAGGACAAAUCGAUGUUUUCGACAACGCCAAUUUCGAUAUGGAUGCAAUUUUUGGUGAGAUAGGCGCUCUAAUAUGGGUGAUCGAUGCCCAAGACGACUAUCUCGAAGCUGUAUCCCGCCUCAACGCCACUGUUCUCUUUUUACAACGCGGCUAUCCCAACAUCAACAUCGAAGUGUUUAUACACAAAGUCGAUGGUCUCUCCGAUGACUACAAGCUUGAUAUCCAGCGCGACAUUACCAUCCGCAUCCAAGAUGAAUUGUCUGAUCACGGAUUCGAAAAUGCGCCAGUUACAUUUCACCUCACUUCCAUUUAUAACCAUUCCAUCUUCGAGGCCUUUAGCAAAGUCAUACAGAAACUCAUCCCUCGCUUAGGGACGCUGGAGUCCAUGCUUACCAAUCUCUGUCGAACGUGUCGCUUUGAAAAGGCAUAUCUUUUCGACGUCCUUUCUAAGAUUUAUAUUGCUACUGACAAUGCAACGGCUGACAUGGCAAGUUAUGAGAUUUGCAGCGACUAUAUUGAUGUUAUUAUUGAUAUUACAGAGGUAUAUGGUACAUGGCAGCGUAGUGACGAGAGUCGCAAGAAAUUGGAAGGAGAGCCGUGGAAUACCAAACUUGAUGAGCAGAUUGGCUGUCCUACGGCCGAGAGUUGUCUCGUGUUGCAUGAUAGCAAUAAGCCCAUUAUGUUGAGGGAAGUGGAUCGUUACCUGGCCCUGGUUGCGAUUAUGAGAGAUGAUUCAUAUGACAGGAUGCCCUUGGUCAAUAUGAAUGUUGAGGCAGUCGUAGAGGGGUUGACGGAGUUCUUCAACAUUACGAAACCACGGAAGUAG